GCCACCUGUCGAUACCCCGAGAAGGCGCAGGAACUCCAGCAGCUUAGCAAGCAAUACAGCAAUAUCAAGCUACUCCAACUGGAUGUGGUCUGUGAAAACAGCAUCAAGAAAGUAGUCAAGGAAGUGGAAGAAAUUGUGGGAGACAAAGGUCUGAACUGCCUCAUUAACAACGCGGGCAUCAAUGUGCUGGCUUCUCUGGAGGAGGUCACAGCAGAGACAAUGCUCACCAUCUAUGAAACCAACACGGUUGCCCAGCUGAUGGUCACCAAGGCCUUUCUACCCCUUCUGAGGAAGGCAGCCCAGCUGAGCUCAGGAAUGGGUUGCCACAGAGCUGCUAUCAUCAAUAUGUCCUCUCUUGCUGCCUCCAUGCAACUCGUCCAGGCAAAUGAGAUGUUCCUCAAGGUCUACCCCUACAGGAUAGCCAAGACUGCCCUGAACAUGAUCACCAGGUGUCUCGCUGCAGAUUUGAAAUCCGAUGGAAUUCUCUGCAUUUCUUUGCAUCCAGGCUGGCUCCAGACUGACAUGGGUGGCAACAUGGCUCCCAUGCAGGUGCAAGAGGCUAUCCCAGGUAUUCUCUCUGUCCUGGACCGUCUUGGUGAAAAGGAAAAUGGCUCCUUCCUGGACUGGCAAGGGGAAACUCUGCCGUGGUAGAAGUUCACAGCAUACUCCAGAAACAGCACGUCAUUCACCAUGUAACUUGUGCCUCUAGUGUCUGUGUCUCUAGGGUUUUCUUA